AACAAGUUCAUAAGAUGAUACUUCAUCUAGGAUGCUUUGUGGUUGUUGCGAUUUCCCUGUCCAAGGUCCUGAAAUCUGCCUUCCUUUCCUAAGGACAUGCCACGUGACAUUCAUUGCCUGCCUGGCUCAGCACGGAGCUCACUGUUUUUUCUGAAGAUGUCAUGUGAAAAUUUAACGAACCACCUCGCACACAGUUUCUUUCCCUUUCCUUGUUUGUAGAUUGAACUAAAGACGUAUUUUUUCUCUGUUUUUAUUCAACGAAUUUGGACUUGUUGGAAACCACAACAAGCUUUUCAGACUGUGGGAUGACAGUCAUGAAUUCUUCGAUAUGUUAUCCUUUUUUUUACUUCAUGCCAAUACGGUGAAUGCGUCGGCAGAGCGGGCUACUGGUGGUCCGCAAAAGUCCUUCUCUGUUAGGACGGGGCUUAGAAGGAUGUAAGGACCAGCUACCUUUUUUCAACCAAAGUCUCCUGAUCAAAAUGCAGAAAGGAAUACGUCUCAAUGAUGGCCAUGUUACCUUCCUUGGUCUUUUGGCAAAGAAGGAUGGCACGAGGCGAGGCUGUUUGAGCAAAAAGAGCUCUGACAAUACAAAAUGGCACACAAAGUGGUUUGCUUUAUUGCAAAAUAUGCUGUUCUAUUUUGAGAGUGAGUCAAGCUCUCGACCCGCGGGAUUAUACCUGUUGGAGGGGUGCUUGUGUGAUAGGGCGCCGUCACCAAAAUCCUCACUAUCAGCCAAAGAGUGUUUAGAAAAGCAGUACUAUUUCACUGUCAGUUUCACCAGUGAGAACCAGAAAGCCCUGGAGCUUCGUACAGAGGAUGUAAAGGACUGUGAUGAAUGGGUGGCUGCAAUAACACAUGCAAGUUACAGGAACUUGGCCACUGAGCAUGAGGCGCUCAUGCAGAAGUACUUACAUUUACUUCAGAUUGUUGAGACAGAGAAAACGGUUGCUAAGCAACUUCGACAACAGAUAGAGGAUGGAGAAAUAGAAGUGGAACGCCUGAAAUCAGAGAUUAACGGGCUACUCAAAGACAAUGAGAAGGUCCAGUCCAGCCCUACAGCAGCACCCAUAGACAACGACUCGGAAAUUCAGAAGAUCAAAAAAGUGCAGAGCUUCCUGCGAGGGUGGAUCUGCAGAAGGAAAUGGAAGACCAUCAUCCAGGACUAUAUCCGCUCUCCGCACGCUGAGAGCAUGAGGAAGAGGAACCAGGUGGUGUUCAGCAUGCUGGAGGCGGAGGCCGAGUACGUCCAGCAGCUCCACAUCUUGGUCAACAACUUCCUGCGGCCGCUGCGCAUGGCCGCCAGCUCCAAGAAGCCUUCCAUCACCCACGAUGACGUCAGCAGUAUCUUCCUUAACAGUGAAACAAUCAUGUUUCUGCAUCAGAUAUUCUAUCAGGGGCUAAAAGCAAGAAUAGCAAGCUGGCCAACGUUAGUUUUAGCUGAUCUGUUUGACAUCCUGCUGCCCAUGCUAAACAUCUACCAGGAGUUUGUGCGUAACCACCAGUACAGCCUUCAGAUCCUGGCCCACUGCAAACAGAACAGGGACUUUGAUAAACUGCUGAAGCAGUAUGAAGCCAAGCCUGACUGUGAGGAGAGGACCCUGGAGACCUUUCUCACCUACCCCAUGUUCCAGAUCCCCCGUUAUAUCCUGACUCUCCAUGAGCUUCUGGCCCAUACACCCCAUGAGCAUGUGGAAAGAAACAGUCUGAAUUAUGCCAAAUCAAAGCUCGAGGAACUAUCCAGAAUAAUGCAUGAUGAGGUGAGCGAGACAGAAAACAUCAGGAAGAACCUGGCAAUUGAGCGGAUGAUCGUAGAGGGUUGUGAAAUUCUCCUUGACACCAGCCAGACGUUUGUGAGACAAGGGUCUCUCAUCCAGGUACCUAUGAGUGAGAAGGGUAAGAUCACCCGUGGGCGACUCGGCUCUCUGUCUCUGAAGAAAGAGGGGGAGAGGCAGUGCUUCCUGUUUUCCAAGCAUUUAAUCAUCUGCACUAGAGGCUCCGGGGGAAAGUUGCACCUCACUAAGAAUGGAGUGGUCUCUCUUAUUGACUGUACUCUCAUGGAGGACCCUGAGGGGACAGAUGAUGAGGCCAAGUCAGACAAGAAUGGUCAGGACAUGGAGCACCUGGACUUCAAGGUGGUGGUGGAGCCCAAAGACAGUCAGUCUUUUACAGUCAUCUUGGUGGCCUCCUCAAGGCAGGAGAAAUCUGCCUGGACCAGUGACAUCAGCCAGUGCAUUGACAACAUUCGCUGCAAUGGGCUAAUGAUGAAUGCCUUUGAGGAGAACUCCAAAGUCACUGUUCCACAGAUGAUAAAGUCAGACGCCAGCCUGUACUGCGACGACGUGGACAUCCGCUUCAGUAAGAUGAUGAACUCCUGCAAGGUGCUGCAGAUCCGCUACGCCAGCGUAGAACGCCUGCUGGAGAGGCUGACAGAUCUGCGCUUCCUCUCCAUCGACUUCCUCAACACCUUCCUGCACUCCUACCGCGUGUUCACCGACGCUGACGUGGUGCUGGACAAACUCAUCACCAUCUACCGCAAGCCCAUCAGUGCCAUCCCAGCACGGUCUCUGGAGUUGUUCUUCGCCAGCAGUCAGAACAACAAACUCCUGUACGGAGAGCCCCCCAAGUCCCCCAGGGCAAGCCGUAAGUUCUCCUCCCCCCCUCCCCUCGCCCUCGCCAAGACCUCGUCAGCGUCACCCAACCGCCGGCGCAAGCUCUCCCUCAACAUCCCCAUCAUCACUGGCGGAAAGGCCCUGGACCUGGCAGCCCUCAGCUGCUCCUCAAACGGCUAUGCAAGCAUGUACUCCUCCAUGUCGCCCUUCAGUAAGAUCACCCUAGACAUCAACAAGCUCUAUGUCACCAGCCCCGUCACCAGCAAGAUCCCAGACGAGGGAGAGGGCCAGGCAGACAAGACCGAGGAGAUCUCAGAUCUCUCAGUGCGCGAGGAGAGUGACAAUGACCAAAACCGGAAUGAUGAUGCAGAUCCAGAAACGUCUCCCAUCAAGUCACCAACCACCCCAAAAAAUGUCAAAUGCAAAAACUCUUCAGAGUUCUCACUUUUCUCAUACAACAAUGGCAUGGUGAUGUCAUCCAAUCGAGAGCUGGACAACAGCCGCAGUGCCCUGUCUGCAGCCUCCGCCUUUGCCAUCGCCACUGCAGGAGCCAAUGAGGGCACCCCUACCAAGGAGAAGUACAGACGCAUGUCCCUGGCCAGUUCAGGGUUUCCAACAGACCAGAGAAAUGGGGACAAAGAGUUUGUCAUCAGGAGAGCAGCAACCAACAGAGUCCUCAAUGUUCUGAGGCACUGGGUGUCAAAGCACUCACAGGACUUUGAGAGUAACAAUGAACUGAGGUCAAAGGUCAUUGCUUUCCUGGAGGAAGUGAUGCAUGAUCCUGAGCUAUUGACCCAGGAGAGAAAAGCUGCGGCCAACAUCAUCAGAACACUCACGCAAGACGACCCUGGUGACAAUCAGAUCAGCCUAGAGGAGGUGAUACAGUUGGCUCAGGGAGGCAAGGCAGAGCCGUUUGAGAACCAUUCUGCCCUGGAGAUAGCUGAGCAGCUCACUUUGCUGGACCAUCUGGUGUUCAAGGUCAUCCCUUAUGAAGAGUUCUUCGGUCAAGGCUGGAUGAAGAACAACAAAUAUGAGAAAACACCUUACAUAAUGAAAACAACAAAGCACUUCAACGAUAUCAGCAACCUCAUAGCCACAGAAGUCCUGCGCUGUGAAGAUGUGAAUACUCGGGUUGCGGUGAUGGAAAAGUGGGUGGCGGUAGCAGACAUCUGCCGCUGUCUUCAUAACUACAACGCCGUGCUGGAAAUCACCUCCUCCCUUAACCGCAGUUCUGUGUUCCGUCUCAAGAAGACGUGGCUCAAGGUGUCGAAGCAGACUAAGGCUGUGAUUGACAGGCUGCAGAAGCUGGUUUCAUCAGAAGGGAGGUUCAAAAAUCUGAGGGAGGCUUUGAAAAAUUGUGACCCUCCGUGUGUGCCAUACCUGGGGAUGUACCUCACUGAUUUGGCCUUUAUUGAGGAGGGCACACCCAAUUACACUGAAGACAACUUGGUGAACUUUUCCAAGAUGAGGAUGAUUUCUCAUAUCAUCAGAGAAAUAAGACAGUUUCAGCAAACAGCAUACAAGAUCGAUCAUCAGCCAAAGGCAGCACAGUAUUUACUGGAUAACAGCUUGGUUCUGGAUGAAGAAAGCCUGUAUGAAGCCUCUCUAAGAAUUGAGCCCAAAGUGCCCAACUAAUGAGAAUGACAGUGUCCCAAAGUCAACUUCUUAAAUAAACUGUAAACUCCUAUCAAGUACAGUCAAUACAGAACUGUUUAUGUCAUGACUUACAUAUUUUUCACAUAUUUGUAUAUGUUUUUUUUUGUGGUAACCAAGAAAAUGUAUUUGUCUUAUAUUUUGGAAUAUACAAUUUUCCUCCAGACCAUUUUAUUAGGCUUCUAUGAUGACUGCGAGCAUAAAAGUAUUUUUCAGUAGUGCGUUUUUGUGAUCAGUUACAUUGAUCUGCAUUUCUUCAUACUAUAGACUUUUAACUCUGUGAACACACAUAAGGGUGGGGUCUAAAUGUAUAUAUAUAUAUUACUAAAAUAUGAUUUCAAAAAAUUUAUGUAUUGUCUUUAUCUGCCUCUUAUGUAGCAUUUUAACACCGAUUAAUAUUAAACCAGGUAAAAGAUCACUUGCAAUUAUUAUCUCAACUAAGAAUUUAUAUAGCUUGUCCAGUCAUGGUUCCCAGUCAAACCUGGUACACCUGAACACAGAACUUUUUUGAUAUCCACAAAGACAUGAGUUGUCUUCACAGGUUGUGACCCACAUGCAAAGUCCCUGGCUGUGGAAUAAUGCAAUUUUGUAGAUGAUGAAACAUUUUUAUGACAUUUCAGACAUCCAAACCUCUAUUGUGCAAAACCAGUAAACCAAUAUUUCAUAGGAUAUGCUCUCAAUAAUGUAAUACCAUGUCAUAUUGUAAUAUCCUAGUAAUAAGAUAAUAUUAUAUUUAAAAUACAAGGGUACUUCCAGUGUGACAGUGGUUGAGGAGGAAUAUUUGCUGCUUUUCUCAGAGCAUGUAAUGGUUCAUUUACAUUUUGCAAAGAUGUUCUUUUGCUUUGAUUUCAAAGUAAAUUGAGGACACACAAAGAAAAAGAAAUCACUCAUAUGUAUCUAUUUUCCAGGUUUGGUGAAGUACAAAGUUGUUCUGCUAUUAUGUCAUUAAAAGGCAAUCUGUGUCCUUUUUUCUGUUCCAGUGAUUGUGGAACGUGACAGUUUAUCACUGUUUUCAGUGCAUUGUUGUUUAAAAAUGAAUGAGCUCCGCCUGCAGCACACUAAAGGUAUUUUUGUAGUAUAAGGGAGGACGAAUACACUUUAUAAGAACAUGGGGACCUAUUUUUUACUUUGCUGUUACUUCACCCAAUUGAUACUGUAUGUGCUGUACAUUUGUAUAUGCAGCCCAACAUAUUUCUUAAUCUGGAAUAAUGUACACCUUAGAAAUGCAUUGUGCUUGAAAUACAAAUACACAAUGCAACAAAAAGGGACGAAUUCAAAAGAUGAUUAAGAAGUUUAUCCAUGUGUUUAGCAUUGAUACUGUAAUCCUGUCUAUUGUCAGUUUUAUAGCAGGAAUAUAGUAUUGUAGUGCUUAUUCUGUGAAUAUUUGUAUGCAUUUUUUUCAUCUUCAGUCUAAAAACCUCUAAAGCUCAUGUGGCAGGCAUGCAACACUGUAAGAGUGUAAGAAUACUAAAUACAAUAUAUGCUUCAUUCUGUUUACACAUUAUGUGCACAUAUAAAUGAUAGUAUACAAACGUUUUGCUGUUAGCAAUAUCCAGUGGUAUGAGAAUUAUAUUUCAACCCUUAUGUUUAUUUCAAAGGCUUAAGUAAUAUUUCCAUUUUUGUAACAAAAAAAUAUAUAAUAAUAAAAUACUAAU